UGGGGCGUGGGAAAAAUAAAGUGUGGGAACGAGUGGGCGUCGCAGUGUAGUAAAACAUUUGAUAUUGUUGUAUGUAGUGAACCGAACACUUACAAACGAACCAGUAGCAACUAGCAUGCAAUAGACGUCACAUUAUAUUGUUGUGUGCGUUAUAAAUAAGUAGAGUUCACGAAGCGAAAAUGUUACGAUGUGUGAGGAAGAGACUCGACGAUUGACCGGAGAUCUCGUGGGAAACGACCUUUGUUAUGUACACUGUUAUAUAGAUUAGUUAAACAAAAAAUCUGACUUGAAAUUAUAUCGCAUGCGAUGGGAGUGACUGGCCUGUGGAGACUUAUCGAGCCGGCCGGAAAACCCGUGCCUGUUGAAACAUUAGAGAAUAAAGUUUUAGCAGUCGAUAUUUCAAUAUGGUUGCAUCAGAUGGUGAAAGGCUAUCAGGAUGCUAAAGGAGCUCCUCUACCGAAUGCUCAUCUCAUUGGGUUGUUCCAAAGACUAUGUAAAUUACUAUAUUUUAGAAUCAAGCCAGUUUUUGUAUUUGAUGGUGGAUUUCCAGAUCUUAAAAGAGAAACAAUUGCUAAAAGACAAGACAACAAAACGAAAUAUAAUUCUGCAUCAGAAAAAUUAAAGAGAGAAAUCACUUUGCUCUUGGGCAAAAAAACUGCAAUUGGUUCAUUGCUAGGAAAACAGAUUUCUCCCACUAAGAAUAAACAACCUCAGGCUAAUGAUGACAUCUUUAAACUACCGGAAUUACCAGAAAAGGGUGCAUAUUCUGAAUCUGAGUCUGAAGAUGAACAAGAUUCAAGUGCAUCAACAGUGGACUUACACUCUGUAGAUUUUGACUCAGAUAAAUUUAAAAAUAUGCCAAUAAAAGAAAAAUAUGACCUUCUAAUUGAACUGAAGGAAACGAGGAAAAUGAAUUCUUGGGGCAAAAUAAACACAUUACCUAAGAAAAGUGACAACUUUUCGGAUUUUCAAAUGCAGAGAUUGCUAAAACGGAGGCAACUACAAGAAUGUUUGGAAGAAACCGAAAAAGAGAUGGGUGAUGAGGGCAUGUCCUUAAACGAAUUGGAAUCAUUGCUCAAUGAAGAGGGCAUAGACACUAAAAUAGAGAGCUUGCCGAGUCGCAGAAUAGCGUCAAAUAAUACAACGAGAUAUCUACUUAUAAGUAAUGUAAGGCAGGCGUUGGAAAAUGCUAAGAGAAAGGAAGAAGCUGCCCAACAAGCACAAAUGAAAAUAUCAGCGACAACUGAAGUAGAAAAACAUGAUACCAAAGAUAUUCAGAAAAACGAUGAAUGCGAUGAUGAUUUAGAAAAAGCUAUUAAAAUGUCGCUGGAAUGUGUGGAAGAGGCCGACACGAGCGCUUGUACGUCAAAAACUGAUGAGUCCUGGACAUCUUUCCUCACAGAAUCUGACUAUUCAGAUGACGAAGACGAAGAUGGAUUCGCCCCUCCUGAUAUGACGUCAGCAAAAUCAUACAUCAAACAAUAUACCGACUUAAACUACAAAGUCAUUGAUAACAUUGUUGCCGCAAAACAAAAAGAAAAAAAUAAACCUACUAAACCAAGAGUUAAUGAAAUGAUUGAAGAGCUCGCACAAGAAAAGACUAUUAUAGAAGAUGAGAUUGAGUUAAUGUCUAGUGAUGAUGACAAAGAUAAGUGUGAAGUAGUAGAAAAAGAAAACGAUAAAGAUAAGUCAUGUGCUGUAGAAGCGGUAAUGGAAAAUGAAGUCUUAAGUAAAAAGUGUAAAUUGGAAGAAAGCAAUCAUGAAGAGGCUUCUAUAAUAUGUGUUGAGAAAUCUGUUGCUGAUGUUAUUUCUCUUGAUUCAAGCUUAGGAGAAGCGGAAACAGAUAACGACGAAGUUAAAGUUGAAACUGCGAAAGAUAAUAUUAAAUUAGAAAGUUCAAGCUCCAGUGAGGAUGACUUCGAAGAUGUUUCUGAUGAAGAGACCGAGUCUAAGAAACCAGUUGUUACGUUAACCCUCAAUAUGGGCAAUACGAUCGAAGAUGAUAUAUUUGCCGAUAUAUUUGAAAGUAAAGCUGGUGAAAAAUGUUUAGCACCUAAUAUAAAGGAAGAGCAAGAAAUAAAGGAAGAUAUUAGCAAAAACGAGAACGAAGUUAAAGAUAUAAUUAAAUCAAAUGUCACAGCUGAAGUUGAGACAACUUCAAAAAGUAUAGAAACAACUUCAAAAAGUAUAGAAACAUGCUUGAAUGAAGAAAGUGAAAAACAGAGAAAUGAAGAUCAAAAAGAUGUAGUGGAUAGAGACCAAACAGUAUCAGAGGAGCUUGCUACAACUCAAAAGGCAGUGAUACCAGAAAGACAAAAAAUAUCAGCUGAAGAACUUAACACUAUGGUAACGGAAAUUGAGAAUGAGGAACAGUUACUGCUUCAAGAAAAGGGCAAAUUAGAUCGUAUUGGUCGCAACAUAACUGAACAGAUGACCAAAGAGGCGCAGGAACUGCUUCAAAUCUUCGGCAUCCCGUACAUCGUAGCUCCGAUGGAGGCUGAAGCGCAGUGCGCGGUGUUGGAGGCUCUCAAACUUACCGACGGCACCAUAACAGAUGACAGUGACAUUUGGCUGUUCGGGGGCAGAACGGUGUACAAAAACUUUUUCAAUCAGAAAAAACAUGUCUUGCAAUUUUUGCGGGAACGAAUUGAAAAAUCGUUUAAUUUGAGUCGUGAGAAGUUGGUGCUGCUGGCUCUGCUCGUGGGAAGCGAUUACACAGUCGGAGUUACUGGCGUGGGACCUGUGACCGCUUUGGAGAUUUUGGCUUCAUUUCCUUUUAACAAGAAAAAAACAAUAGCUGAAGACGCAAAAUUCACCGAUUAUCAAGAAAUUGUAGCGGGACUGCAAGAUUUUAAGAAAUGGGUGAAGGCGGGGAGAAGAACGGAUAAUGUUAGUUUGAAGAAGAAACUAAAAAAUGUCAGCCUCUCGGAUGACUUUCCCAGUGUGAGGGUAGUUCAAGCAUAUUUCGAACCGAAUGUAGAAAAAAGCAGUGAAAAGUUCUCCUGGGGCGAUCCAGACAUCACUGAGUUAAGAGAGUACGCGAGGGCCAAGUUUGGGUGGUCCCAACACAAGUUGGAUGAAAUAAUAAAACCAGUCAUUAAAAGGAUGCAAGAAAAUAAGACUCAGAAAACUGUCCACGACUAUUUUAAAAAGAAACUCGUGUUGGAUUCUUUGGAGGACCAGAUGAGUAAGAGAGUCAAAGCUGCAAUACAAAAGAUGGGAACUGAGGCUUCAGGAGAAGAAUUAAAUGCACCUGAAAAACCGAAACCCAAAAGAGCAAGAAAAAGAUCUACAAAUCAAGAUGCUACAAAGCCAGGACCUUCCAAGGAAAAACGUAAAAGGCGCAACGAUGAAACCGAACGAAUAAGCGAAGUUAUACAAGCAACGCCAGCAAACGAUCCAGAUAAGACAUUUGAUAUAGCAGUUCCAAAGACGGAUAGGUAUCAGGAAAUUAUACCGCAGAGAGAGAGGGACAGGAAAUGUAUUUUAGAAAAUAAGUUAAAGGCUAUAGAGGUGUUCCGCAAGAGUAAGAUUGAUCCUAAAAAGAGAACGACGAAGAGGCGGCUUCCUGUACCCAAAGAAAAAGCUGAUCUCUCAGAGAGUAGUGACACAGAUUAAGUGGCCAAAGAAAUAAUGUACAUAUUGUGUUGCCUGUGAUUUCUGGUAUUCUUUUAAAUAAAAUAUUUGUUUUUAAUAGUAAA